AUGGAAUACAAGGCGUACCCUCGAAGAUGGCUUCUACUUGUGAUACUCUGCGGUAUUACUUUCAUUCCAGUCUACAUCACAAACGGAUUCGUUGUCUUACAUGAUGUCGUAGCAUCGUUUUACGACAUUACUCCGUAUCAAGCAGAUAUGUUAGCUGUUGUUGGACAAUUGUUCUACGUCACGGCACUGGGACGAAUCAUUAUGGCUUUUAUCAACGGUGUGACCCGCACUGCGCAAGUUCUCUUAGCAGCUGCAUGGUUUCCUCAAAAUGAAACCGCGACUGCCUUUGUGCUACCCGUGUUUGCUAAAACUUUGGCUGGCAUUAUUAGCUCUCUGAUAUACCCAUACGCUAUCCCGAACGUCGAUUUUCCUGUUGACGGCAGCGGCACUGAGUUCAUCCCGGUAAAAAUAUUGUUUACAGCUACACAUGGAUUUUUCAGUAUCGUUUUGCUAAUUGCGCUCGUGCUGGCUGUACUUUACUGCGACAAUGACCCUCCGUCUCCACCUAAUAGGUCCCAGGAAAACAUUCUCAUAUCUGUUGCUAACUCACCUAAAACUACAACACAAAGAAGCCGAUUGAAAGCAGUAUGGAAUGCUAUUUACUUGAAGCCGUUCAUUUUGCUCAGUUUAGCCAUGUUUUUUGGUGAUGUUGCACAGUCUUACGCAGUGUUUCUGAUGCCAUCAUUUGUUCUGUCAUCAUUCCCUGAACUUGACAAUAGGAUACCAGGCGACAUUUCUACCAUACGGGCUUCCGUGACGUCACUUAUAGUAAUCGUAACCGGUCGAAUCUUGGAUAAAUAUAAAUCUUUCAAAAUGGUCUCGAUAAUAGGUGCCACGACAGCAAUUUUGUCUUUUUGUUGCCUUUAUUACGCGCAUACAUACAAAAUAUUGCCGCUUAUAUACAUCGGGUACACUGCGGCUCUUUCCAGUCGUUGUAUAUACGGUCCAGCUAUUGUAGAAUUCCUAAUGGAAACAACUUACCCAAAUGACAAGUUGCGUAUGAUGCCUGUAUUUGGUGGAAUCACGAGUUUGGGAUUAUUCUUUUGGACGAGCAUCAUGAGAAUAUUGAAAGAAAAUUUCGACAUUGGCAUCGCGACAAUCGCAGCAAUUUGCAUUUCUGUUGCAUUAGUUUUGUUCAUUUUAUCAGUUGAACCGGAUUACAAACGAUUGAAAACAAAUAAGUUCGAAGAAUCACCUGCUAAACUUGAUGAAACUACAGCCAUGAAUAAAUAG